AUGGCUGCCGUGAAUACACGAAUUUUAAUAAAAAAUGGCAUGAUUGUAAAUCACGAUGGAAUUCUUAGAGCCGAUGUUCUGAUCGAAGGUGAGAAAAUAAGUCAAAUUGGACAGAAUAUAAAAAUCGCUGAUGAUGUUGAGGUUAUUGAUGCUCAAGGAAAGUAUAUUCUACCUGGAAGCGUAGAUCCGGAUUGUAGACUUAUGAACCCAUCUGACGGAGUUCCUGUUGCUGAUGAUUACGAGAGAGGGUCACUUGCUUCCCUUCGAGGAGGGACGACUACGAUAAUUAAUGACGUAAAUGUCCGUCCCGGAAGUAGUAUCACGGAUGCCUACAAUCAUCAUCGUAAUCUCCUCGAUAAAGGAUGCCGAUGUGAUUUCGCGAUUUCUCUAUCUAUUCCAAACUUCUCGUCAGAAAUCUCAGAUGAAAUGAAAGCUCUUGCUGCGGAGAAGAAAGUCAUUUCCUUUUCGUUCCGCCUGCAGGCUGGUGCAAACUCGACAGAGCCUAUGUUGUCUGAGGAUGCUCUUCUAAAUGCAAUGGAACUGUGUGCUUCUCUCGGUAUACCUCCCACAGUGCCUGCUUGUGGAAAUCCCAUUGUUAUUAACAAAAUUGCGGAAUCUGUUUUCUCAUCUGGUGUCACCGGGCCUGAAGGCUGUUUAAUUGCUUCGCCAGAGCGGUUCGAAGCGGAUACAAUUAAUCGUGUCGGUCUGCUUGCAAAUGAAGUCAAAUGUCCGGUCAUUUUUAAACGCAUUUAUAGUCCAUCAGCUGCAAAGGCACUCUGUCAUCAACGAGAGCUGAGUAGUUCCGUAUUUGGUACAACAAACAUCCCCGCAAUCGGCUGCACCUUCGCUGGAAAUACUGUAAACCAUCACAAUUGGGCUAAAGCUGCAGCCUGUGCCUCAGAUCCUCCGAUAAGAAGCGAACUAAAGAUCGCCAAGGAUCUACUAAUGCAUGUAGCCACUGGUGAUCUGUUGGCAGUCGGUUCGUGUCACCGAGCGAUAGCUAACAAUGUUAGAGCUGGCAUGGGGUUGAAUGAUUUCCGUCGGAUACCCACUGGACAAGCAACUGCAUCUGGGCGCCUUAGCGCUCUCUGGAAAAUUGGAGUGGAAAUCGAGGCUCUUUUGGAUCCUUGUGGAUUUGUUGCUGCAGUAAGUGCAAACCCUGCUAGACUUUACAACCUCUAUCCUCGUAAAGGUCGAAUUGCUGAGGGCAGUGAUGCAGAUAUUGUCAUUUGGAACACGGAUUCUACUCUCUCACCGGUGGGAUUGAUUCCGGAAUGCGUUGAAGACCCAUUCGACGGUCUGAAAUGCUACUCAUGUCGUGCCGAAGUGGUCUUACUUCGUGGGCAAUUAGUAGUUAAAGACGGUGAAGUCGUGAAGUCAAGCGACUUCAGAGGGCAAUUCAUCUCAGCGGAAGGAAUAAAUAACCUGGUUUUCGGUCGUAUGGCAGCUUUUAAAUCGGUUUGCGAUGGAAAGCUUGUCCCAGUAAAGAGCGAACCUUACUCCGGCCCUGUGAUAAAUCAAAAUGGGACGCAAGACAAUGACUCAUCUGCUAAAGAAUCCCACUUUUACCGAAAAGCAGAUUACGACAACGCCCCCAAAGAGGCUCUACCGCCGGGUCAAAGAACAAUUCACACCUCGGUGAAGACUGCUCAACCACCGGGUGGGGGGUCAUCUGCUUUCUGGUGGAACAGUUGA